AUGAGUCGAGUGUGUAUUGUUGUUUUGGAGGAGGUAGAAGAUGAUUCUCCCACAUUUAUUUCCAAACUGCCUCAGGAAAGCAUAUCUCCACAUCCUUCUGCUUCAGGAUUUGUUUUAUGGAAAUAUCCACCACUUAUCCAAGCUAUAUUUAACGGGGAUCCUGAUGAAGUUCGUGCACUAAUUUUUAAAAAAGAAGAUGUCAACUUUCAGGAUAAUGAAAAGCGGACCCCUUUACAUGCUGCUGCAUAUUUUGGAGAUGCAGAAAUUAUUGAGCUACUUAUUUUAUCUGGAGCUAGAGUUAAUGCCAAAGACAGCAAGUGGUUAACUCCUUUACACAGAGCUGUUGCAACACGUAGUGAGGAUGCUGUGCAGGUGUUGUUGAAGCAUUCAGCUGAUGUCAAUGCCCGUGACAAAAACUGGCAAACACCAUUACACAUAGCAGCUACAAAGAAGGCUGUCAAGUGUGCAGAAGCCUUGGUGCCACUACUCAGUAAUGUAAAUGUGUCAGAUCGUGCUGGUAGAACGGCAUUACACCAUGCAGCGUUGAGUGGACAAGUUCAGAUGGUCAGUUUAUUAUUGUCUAGAGGUGCCAAUAUCAAUGCCUUUGACAAGAAAGAUAGACGGGCUGUCCACUGGGCAGCCUACAUGGGUUAUAUUGAUGUGGUAAAACUGCUUGUAUCCCACGGAGCGGAAGUGACAUGUAAAGACAAGAAAUCAUAUACACCAUUACAUGCUGCAGCAUCUGCUGAUAUGAUUAAUGUAGUCAAGUACCUUCUUGAUCUUGGGGUUGAUAUGAAUGAACCAAAUGCAUAUGGUAAUACACCUCUUCAUAUUGCUUGCUUCAAUGGACAAGAUAUUGUAGUAAAUGAACUGAUAGACCGUGGUGCUAAUGUAAAUCAAAUGAAUGAGAAGGGAUUUACACCUUUACACUUUGCUGCUACAUCAACUCAUGGAGCAUUAUGUUUAGAGAUUCUGGUUUGUAAUGGUGCAGAUGUAAAUGUGAAGAGUAAAGAUGGAAAAACACCAUUACAUAUGACAGCUAUUCAUGGAAGAUUUUCAAGAUCACAAACCAUCAUCCACAAUGGAGCUGAAAUAGACUGUGAAGAUAAGAAUGGAAAUACACCAUUGCACAUAGCAGCCAGAUAUGGCCAUGAACUGCUCAUCAACACACUGAUUACAAGUGGUGCUGAUACAGCAAAGCGGGGUAUACAUGGAAUGUUUCCUCUCCAUUUGGCAGCAUUAAGUGGAUUUUCAGACUGUUGCAGAAAGCUGCUUUCAUCAGGCUUUGAAAUAGAUACUUCAGAUGACUUUGGCAGGACCUGCCUUCAUGCAGCUGCCGCUGGAGGAAAUUUGGAGUGCCUCAAUCUGCUGCUCAACACAGGUGCAGAUUUCAAUAAAAAAGACAAAUUUGGAAGAGCUCCACUCCACUACGCUGCUGCCAACUGUAAUUACAAGUGUCUGUUUGCCCUUGUGGGUUCUGGAGCUAGUGUAAAUGACCUUGAUGAAAGAGGUUGUACACCACUACACUAUGCAGCUGCAUCAGACACUGAUGGAAAGUGCCUGAAAUACCUACUUCGAAAUGAUGCAAACCCAGGGAUUCGAGACAAGCAUGGUUACAAUGCAGUUCAUUAUGCUGCUGCUUAUGGACAUCGUUUAUGCCUUGAAUUGAUUGCCAGUGAAACACCUUUAGAUGUUUUAAUGGAAACAUCAGGGACUGACAUGCUGAAUGAUUCAGACAACAGGGCACCAAUUAGUCCAUUGCAUUUAGCUGCCUACCAUGGACAUCACCAAGCUUUGGAAGUGUUAGUACAGUCUUUGUUGGAUCUUGAUGUCCGGAACAAUAAUGGAAGAACACCUUUGGAUCUUGCAGCUUUUAAGGGACAUGUUGAAUGUGUGGAUGUACUUAUUAACCAGGGAGCGUCUAUCUUAGUAAAAGACUAUGUUAUAAAGAGAACACCAAUACAUGCUGCUGCUACAAAUGGUCAUUCAGAAUGCUUGCGGUUGUUAAUUGGAAAUGCAGAACCACAGAAUGCUGUGGACAUUCAAGAUGGAAAUGGACAGACUCCUUUGAUGUUGUCUGUUCUUAACGGGCACACAGAUUGUGUCUAUUCCCUGCUUAACAAAGGAGCAAAUGUAGAUGCCAAAGAUAAAUGGGGAAGAACAGCAUUACACAGAGGGGCAGUUACUGGGCAUGAGGAGUGUGUAGAAGCACUGCUUCAGCAUGGGGCAAAAUCCACAAUACGAGACUGCAGAGGACGAACACCCAUACAUUUAUCUGCUGCCUGUGGACAUAUUGGGGUAUUAGGAGCACUCUUACAGUCAGUGGCAUCUGGGGAUGUGAUACCUGCUUUGACAGACAAUCAUGGAUAUACAUCAUUGCACUGGGCAUGUUACAAUGGUCAUGACAGUUGUGUGGAACUUCUUUUGGAGCAGGAAGUUUUCCAGAAAAUGGAAGGAAAUUCUUUCAGUCCAUUGCAUUGUGCAGUGAUAAAUGAUAAUGAGGGUGCUGCUGAAAUGCUAAUUGAUACACUGGGAUCUGGAAUUGUAAAUUCUACAGAUGCAAAGGCAAGAACUCCCCUCCAUGCAGCAGCCUUUACAGACCAUGUAGAGUGCUUACAGCUUCUGCUAAGCCAUAAUGCACAAGUAAACUCUAUAGAUUCUUCUGGGAAGACACCUCUAAUGAUGGCUGCAGAAAAUGGGCAAACAAAUACAGUUGAGGUGUUGGUUAGCAGUGCUAAAGCUGAUCUGACUUUGCAAGAUAAGUGUAAAAACACUGCACUACAUCUGGCUUGCAGCAAGGGUCAUGAAACUAGUGCCUUGUUAAUACUAGAGAAGAUUACAGAUAGAAAUCUCAUCAAUGCCACCAACACAGCAUUGCAGACGCCUUUACAUGUUGCUGCACGAAAUGGAUUAACAGUUGUAGUUCAAGAACUUCUGGGGAAAGGAGCAAGUGUACUUGCAGUAGAUGAAAAUGGUUACACACCAGCUUUAGCCUGUGCUCCCAAUAAAGAUGUGGCUGAUUGCUUAGCUCUUAUUCUGGCUACAAUGAUGCCUGUUUCAUCAAGCAGCACAAUACCUUCCCUUACAUUUAAUGCCAUUAAUCAUUAUACCAACACUUCAAAAACAGUCACCUUUGAUUCUUUACCAAUUAUCAGGAGUGAACAUAGCUCUUACUGUAGUUUCAACAACAUUGGGAGGGAAGAUGGCUAUCCAUAUACAGAAGAAGAUGAACUUAAUGACUCAGAUUCUGAAACCUAUUAAAAAGCUCCAUUAGAGAUCUGAAGGAUGAACUCAGUUGCUGAAUUUCCAGAUUGUUAUUGGAGAAAGCAGUCUUGCUGAAUAUAAAAAAGGACGGCCUGAGGAAAAGAUUUUUUUUAACAAAAGUGUGGGGGUACAUGAAAAAUAUGUGACUCCCAAGAGACUUUUAAAAGCAGGUUAUGCAAAAGAAAUGCUUGGAAUCUAUGGUGCAAAAAGUUACCUAGAAUGUUAUUUAAUUGCAGUGUAUUGGUUUCAAUGAAUAAUCCCAAUAAGGCUGUGCAUCUUUGUAUAAACAAAUAUGCGGUUAUACAGCAGAAUGGACAAUAUAUUCAAAUCUUACCAAUAAAACUAAGAUCAUUUUGAAGGCAAUAAUUGAGUUUGGUACAGAAGGCAUUGUUUGUGCAGCAAAUUGCCAAAGGACCAAAUAACUUAAGACUUUUUUAAUUAAAGAAAACAUUUUUGAGAACACUUGAAUAGCUUAAAUAAUAAUAGUCUUAACCAACCCUUAAAUUACAACUAGCAAUUAAUCUUAGAUUGGUUUUAAAUGUUGAUUUGUUUUUAAUCAUCUGAUAGCCUUCCGACGCUAUUAAAUGUACCAUAAAAAUGCAGUUUUCAAUUUGUCAGAGUCUUACGGUAUUAAAGCUGUUACUAGCUUAAUCAGGAGUUGUCAGGGUAAAAUGAGUACAAAAGCAGCAAUGUAGUAAUCACUGCCCAGGUUUAUUUUAUUUACCACACAUACACACACACACACACACAUACACAUGGGGAUACACACACACACACACACACACACACAAACACACAGAGGGUAAUUCUCUGGGUAAGUCAAACUGCAUCAAAAAUAGAACUGCAAUAUCCUGAUGACCCUGUUAGGCUGCCUUACAGAACACUAUUUCUUACAGUUCACCCAAGGUUUUACAUAAUAUAGCGAAUGAUAUUUGUGCCUCUAUGGUGUACAUAUAAUUUUAAAAAAUGGUUUUUAAGGCUUAGAAUAUGGCUGAAGAGGAUAUAAUAAAAUAUUGUUUCCCUGUUACCAAAAAGGUACAAUGUCGGAUCUUUGGGAACAUAUAGAAGUGCUUCAUUUUACAGUUUUUGAAAUGUUGCAGAUCCUUCUGUUACAGUUUAAAACUUUCCCUGUGUUUGUCUAAUUUAUAAUAGGCUACUGUAAAAAAUAAAAAUGGAAGAAUGGCAUUUUUUCCCUCAAACUUAAGCUGGUUUGUUAAAAUAGAAGUAUUUACUUUAUUUGGUUCUGCUUUAAUUGAAAAACAACAGUAUAAUUAUUACUUGCUUUGGUUAUGUACAUGCGAGAGUAUCUUGCAUGAUGAGGUUAAACUCAAUUGAAUUGCUAUAAACUGGUCCCUACCUUCUUUUAUCCUUUUUGUAUUGUGAAACUGGAAACUUUAAUGCCAUUGCAAAGUAUCAGCUUGUUUUCUGAACAUAGUGUGAAAACACAGGACAGUAUUUUGAUCUAUUUGAUAAUUUUGUGGGUUUUUUGAAGAAUUAAUGAGCAUGUACAUAGAAAUAGCAGUUGCUUGAAUACUGUAUUUACCUGCACUCUUUCAGUACAUCAAGAUUCCUGUGUAUAUUUUACAGAGUAUAAUAAAAUCCAGAUGUGAGAGUUGUAUUUAAUGAAUAAUUUAUGUAUCAGUAUGGAAUAUUAAGAGUUCAUUCAAGUUUAUUUUAUUGAAACCUCAGAUUUAUAAAUCUUAUUGUGCAAUACCUUUUAGUUCUCUUGAUUCUAAAGCAAUAAUUAGCUUAACAAGUAUCUGAAUAAUUCAGAUAUUUAAAUGUAUAUUUUAGAGGCCUCUUUAUCUUUUUAUUUUAACUGGAGAUUCAUUGGAUUUAAUUAUUGAAAGAAUCAGGUAUCAUUGUUAUUGGGCAGUUGAAAAUCCUGAAAGUCUGAGGUUUCCUUUUCUGUAUCACUUUAUAUAAUGUCUAAGAUGGAAUAGAUAUAAAAGUCUAGUGAUGAAUUAGCUGGGUAUCAACAUGUUCUUCAUAUGACUUUCUUUUUACAUCAAAAUUAACCUUGAAAGUAUUGUUUGUUUUAUGAGUGAAGCUACCAAGUUUUGGAACAUUUGAAGUGAUAAUGAACAAUGAGGCAUUUAGUUACUUUUUUUACUCAGUAGUGAAAUCAGUUGAUUUCUCUUGUAUUUUUCUCAGGUUCUUUCAUUUGUUCAUUUAGGCAGGUGAAUGAAAGCACAGUAAAACAGAAAAGUCAUGUUUAUCCUAUUUGAAUAAUAUCCAUCAAAGGAAUCCCCAGAUAGCCUCCACUGAUCGAUAUAUCAGCAAUUAGCAACAAAAUAAAAUAUAUGUUAGCCAAUUUUAAAAAGAUAGAGUUCUAUUCAGAUCCUUAUAUACUACCCAGAGUGGCUAAAAUCUGUUAAAACUGAUAAAUAAUUUAUUCCUUAUUUCUUCAUUUAGAUCUUCAAUAAAAAGCAAAAAAACAUCGAAGAGGAUACCAACUUUAUAUCCCAGAUACUUAAUUCCCCUAACUGAAAUACUGUGAAGGCCCUUCUUCUGGCCCAACACAGUUAGGACGUAGUACCUUCUUGUUAGCUUUUGGAGUCAGGUACAAAGGAGGUAGACCCAAGAUAUCAUGGCUCCCAAAUGCUUUGAUAAUUUAGAAGGUUAUAUCCAACACACAAUGCAGACAUAAAAUCAUUCUGGAACCAGUGAAACUAAGAGAAGAGUAAUGAAUGCAGUAUUUGCAUAGGAUAAAAAGAAUCACCAUAUUCCAAAAUUAAUACCAGUCCUGCUGUUUCACCAUAUGUUAAUACAAAAGUAAAAAAGAGACACUAUUUUGCAUUAUUUUCACAUCAAUCUGUAUGAAACAAUUCAAAACAAUCAUGUCAUAUGAGAUAUAGUUCUUCAUAUUGGGGAUGAACAAGUCUUAGGCCUGAAGUCCUAGGCAAAUCUUCCCCCAAACUCAACCUUUUCAUCUGAAAUACAAAUACACUGUUACUCUUUGGCCACUACAUCAACAGCUUAUAGUCCAGCUUAUAUCACAAGUUGCCAAUAAUGCAUUGUUUUUAGUUUCAGUUCUAGGGGAUCAACUCAAGUCAGUUUCCUACCUAAAGUCAGAAUGUAAUGUCAGAGCAAAGGGGAUUGAACAGAAGAUGACACAGCAUUUCAGUUCAAAUAUGCUUAUAUAGUAAGAGGCCUUAAGCACUUUUCUAUAAUGAAUUGGAUAUAAAAUAAAAGCAGAGAUUACACUCAACGCUUGAUAUAGUGCAAUAUAGUCUCCUAUGAGUCAGACCUGUUCAAAAAAAUGUUAAAAGUUUCUUUUAGUCCUGAGAAAUCUCAGUUGUGUUUAACUUGUACACCUAGGAAAUGGUGAUUCUAUAUCCCUCCCUCUGCAAACCCCACAAUCUGAGUUCUCAGAAAAUAAAAGAGUUAUCACUAAAUAUUGCAAUAAUUUGAGGACAGCUUUAUUUGGAUUUUCUAUAAAAGUGAAUGAACCAAUUAUGAGAAUUCAGUAGAAGAAGGGUUGCUUUUUCGUGAGAUGGGUGGUAUCUAAAUUUGAAAAAUAAAUAAAUAAAUAACAUAUAAGUCCCUAAAAUUCUUG